CUUGAAUUUCAUGUCACCAGUUUGUUUGUUUGUUUGUUUGUUUGUUUAAGCAGGUGUGAUGUCGGUAUUUUGCCGUGCUUGUCUCGUUUGUUAGAAUUUUCUUGACCUGCAGCCACAGCCCGCGUGCGUGCGGGCAAGCCCAUUCUUUUGCUACCUUCGGGACCAUGACACUGGGGCUGGUCCGGACAACUCGACCGUUCGCCAAGUCGAUUUCGGACAACUUGACCGUUGAGACAACUCGACUGUCCGUGCGUAAAAGGGAGAGACAAGUCGACCGUUGAGACAUGGUUGAGAGAAGUCGUCCGUUGAGACAAGUCAUCCAUUGAGACAAGUCGUACGGUGUGUGACACACAAGAUCAGCUGUUGUCAGAUGAGUAAACACUGCAUACGUGUAUUUGCUGCCAAUCCAACAUUCCCGACAAUAAACAAUGUAGAUGCACAAGGGAUGACCAGUGUAGCCAGGCACCAGUGGGAUGGGAGCCUACAAGUCCAGGCCAAUGUCAUCAUGCUCAGAGGCAUGGCUGAAACGAGUAAGGGACAGCUACAUCACACUGAGGGCCAGGGUCACACAGGACAUGACAGUUAGCAAGGAUAAGGAGCUGAGUGCAUUACAGCAAGCCUGCUGUAAUGACGACAUUGAUGAAAUCUUGCAGCUGAUUAGUGAGACAAAUAUUCACGAACGGACCAGCAAUGGGCUGACACUACUACACCUAUGUUGCUUGGAUGGAGGUUGCAAGAGCGUCAUACGUUUUCUGGCCAGGGUAGGUGCCUUUAUCAACAGUCUUAGUGUACGAGGCUUCACGGCACUUCAUGUCGCUAGCUUCAAGGGUGAUAUCGAGUUGGUAGGGGAUCUGCUGAUGGGCGGGGCUGACGUAGGGCGGAUGGGCUAUGCCUCCAUCACUGCCCUUCACUUGGCUUGCCUUUGUGGCCAUGCACAGGUUGCAGAGCUGUUGUUGAGGUACGACGCAGACCCACAUGCCCAGGAUGCUCUCAUGUUUACUCCCCUGCACUGUGCAUGCUUCUGUGGUCAUGAUCAGGUGGUCAAAUGCCUGAUCAACCACAGUGCUGACAUCAACAUGAGCAGCGAGGUCGGACUUUGUCCACUUCAUCUGGCCUGCUCCAAGGGGUUCCUCACUGUCGCCAAGUUACUCAUAACUGGCAGGAAAAACAACAAGGCUGACGUUAAUGCAUAUGACAAUGAGAAGAACACACCACUACACUACAGUGCAAGGACAGGGCACAUCGUUACUCUCAAUCACCUUCUUGACCCUGCCUGUGGUGUCAAAGGUCAGGAGGUCAAUAUAUACGGAGACACUGCUCUUCACGUUGCUUGCUAUCAUGGCAGACUUGAUGUCACCAAAGAACUUGUCUUGAGAUUGGGCCAAGAAUGUCUAGCCGUGGAAAACAUCUUCAGCGAAACUCCACUUCACAGUGCAUGCACCUAUGGGAAAAAUCUGGACAUAGUAAGAUUCCUUGUGGAACAGCCAGGAGUUGAUGUCAACCACCAGGGACGAGACGGCCACACAGCAUUGCACAGUGCUUGUUACCAUGGUCACAUUCAGGUAGUCCAACUGUUACUUGACCAUGGAGCAAAUGUGGAGUUGGCCUGCAGUGAGGAUGUCAUCAGCAGCCACGCUCAGAGACAGACUUGCCUCGACUGGGCAGAAAAGGGAGGGCAUGAUGGGAUAGUGGCUCUUCUCAAGAAAGUGUCCCAGGAGAUGCUGCCAAGAAAUGGAGAAGACUAGGUGCAAGUCAAAAACUGUUGAAACUUCUCAGGCGUAACCCAGAAGUUGUCAUUCCAGAAGAGGUCAACAACCACACAUUCGUCAGAAUACAGACAUUUGAGAAACGAGAUUCCGGCCAACUUUGGAGUUUCUAUGUCCGUAGGCUUGCAUUGAAUACACAUGCCUGGCAAGGACUUGCGUGUCACGCAAGACCCAGUAAUGCUCAGCCAGCACUACAAAACUCAUUGCAUGAUAGGUGCAUAUCUUGCUGUAGUGGGCUUAGCUGUACAGUGGUCUUUGCCGUUUAGGAGUAGCUGCGCGAACACAGCCCACCGAAGUGCAGCAGUUGGUCCAUAUGGCUCCUGUAUUGGCUCCUGUAUUUGGCCUGUGUAGCGUUCGCUCUACCUAGGAUGUACGUGCAAUUCCAAGAUUUCUUCCAUCACCAUCUAGCACAAAGUAUUUAUAUUUAACAUGUUGUUAAAGUACAUUGGUAUGAAAAACCGAUUAAAGUACAUUGUUGUCUUAGAAUACUGCUGUAACAAGCACCACUCUUCCCUUUUGGUCCUGAUAGGUGGGCGUAAAAUACUUGCAUCACUGAAAUCUGACUUUUGGGGGGGAAAAAACAAACUUCAUGUCUGAAUUUUUGUCUGACAUUGGCAAAAGUGUCAUUCACUGCUCGUGCAUGAAACCGCACAUGCACUGAACAUGCUGAAGAAAACUUGCUGAUGCUCCAUGUGUAGCAUUUUGUAACCACCAUUCGUUCUGGAUAUCAUCUGUUUUGUGCAUUUACUUUUAUAAGGGAAUUAAUAUGUGCUUGGCUGAUUUUAAACAUUAUUAAAGACAGACCGAGCACAUAUUAAUUCCCAUUCAUAAAUACUAACAGUCAGAGAGUCAAAGGAAACCAAUAUGUGAUUAAUUUCCUAGGAUUCUGUUCAAGAAAUUUACUUUUAUUGUCCCAAACACCCCCGUUCAUUAGAUGGUAUAUACCUCGUUUAAGUAGUCCUGAAGAAUCUCCUUAUAUGGUCUUGGCUCGUGGGUGGCGAGUCAUGUGUGCCACGCAGACUCUUGAACAAUGGAAUUGCUAAAGCUGUCUUGUAUCUAGGUGCCAGCACGUCUUUUAUACAGUGGGCAUCAUGAAAUCGCAGUGGGCAUUAUCCAACGUUAAUUCAUGUACAUGAUCACAUUGCACGUUGUUGAACAGGGAAACUGUCUGAGGUAUUAGGAAUGUAUUAUAACACCUCACCUACAAAUUCUGUACCUUGAUUGGCUGAGAUCUAGUGAGAUGGCAUUCCUCGUACUUGGUACCUUACUGUGCAUAGCCAAAAGUAGAGCGUCCAUAGCAAGGAAAGAACUCUACAUGUACCUGCAACAACCAAAGUGAUAUCAUGGAAAGCAACCAGUGUUAUUUGUGCGUGUUGCCCGUUUCCAAGCACUAGUGCUACAGACCUGGGUUCGGUCAUUUUGUAAAGAGCAGUGUUGUAGUCGAGUCACCAAUGUCGAGUCUGUGUCAUGAAAAAUGUGACUUGUGUCCGAGUCCUGGACUUGAGUCAUACAACACUGGUUAAAAAAAAAUUCAGGAAAAUGCUGGCAGUGAAUUUUCAGCAUAUUCCAUAUUUGAAUAGAACAUUUUACUGUAUUUAAUCACUUAUCACACAAACAGAAUCUGUGGGAGUGGUGUUAUAAAACCAAAUAUUGACGACUUUAUCUCAGGAUGUAGUAAAGCUAGCCUUUCUCAGUGAUCCACAUAAUAUUGUACAUUCCCUUGGCUGUGCCUCAAGUAAAAAAGAAUUCUCCAUGGACCACCUGAUGAGGUUUCAGUGCAAAUACCAUUUUGAAAUUUAAAUACAAGCAAGGCAGCUGAAAAUUGCUGUAACAGAUUUUUGCUAUCCCAAACAACUUUGUUUCAGCCCCAUGGUGUUUGUUAUAGCAGGGUUCCAUUCUAUUACAAUGAAGUGACUGUAUACGAAGCAUUCAUAACAGUAAUACUUAAUCUCAUUGCUGUCAGCCACAAACAGUAUAGCCUCUUGAAGGUAAUAUUUUACUAAAAAGUGUAAAUUUAUACCAUGUCUGUCACUAAGGAAAGCAAUAUCUUAUGCUGGACAUUAGAUAAGCUGUUAACAUGUACAGUUAAUCCCUAGUUAAAUUGAUGGAGGAAAGUACCUAUUUUGAAAUGAGCAAGAAUGUCAUCCAUGUUGGUUCCGCUAUUGAACUUUACAAUUCGACAUAAAAAGAAAGAGUAUAGAAAGUGUACAUGUGUUCACCUUCACAGUGGAAAGAUUGCUUUUUCCUCUCAAAAUACAUGUACUUGUACUCUGUAGUUUGGAAGGAUUGCCACCAGUGUCGGGGGGGGGACUCUAGAUAUGUAAGGGCUAGCAUUCUCAGAAGUUUACAUCUGAUGUUUAGUUUAAUCGUUGCUUACAAGUUGGAACAAUCCCACCUUAGAUUGAAGAAGCAUGCGUCCAUCUCAAACAAGUUGGAGUUGCUCCAGUGUCCAUCAUGCAUUAACAACACUUUGUAGUUUAUGCUUUGCAAUGCAGAACAAAGCAAGUUACAAUAAAGCAUUAUGCUUUAAGAGUGUUUUUGUAAAAGGUGCAGGGUGUAACAAUUCCAGAAGCAAUACUGAAUUAUUUAAUUGACAGUACUUCAAUUCAUUUGCACACACCAGUAUUAUUUAUUUGUAUAUUUUGCAUUGUAUGUGUUUAAAGUAUUUUUUUUAGAAAGAAAAAAAAAAGGUAUUAAAAAUAUCAGGGUCUGUGAUGCGAAAGUACUGCGCUGUCCACUUGUAGUACAAAACGUGAAUGGUAUGUGUUGAAUAAGCCUGUUUCUUCAGAAUCUCAGUGUAAAUCAGUUUUAACCAAAAAAAAUAAUUUUACAUCUGCAUUUUUACUCGUUUGGAAACUGCCACUGUCAAGGUGGAAUACUUUUAACUUAGGUUGAUAAAUGUAAUGUGUAAAGAGUCCUAGGUGUAACCCAGCUUGCUGCUUCAAUCAAUUCUUGAGAAACUCUGAAAAACUGAAUCAUGUUAGUUACAUUGGCUCUGUUGCACAGAUUUCGACAACAGUAUAUGUGAAUAAUUUCUUAACGUCUAGUCUUUGGCAGUAAGUGUGUAAAUGAUGGCACAGUUAUUCUACUGGCGUUACUUUCUACCUCGAGUGCAUGUAUAUACUUCAGCAUUGAGACAUUCCACUCCACAGUUAAUUCAGAACCAUGGAUAGCUGGUCUGUUUACCCUAAUACAUGUAUGUAAUGUCUUGGAGCAGUGGUACGUCCAGGAUUGUUGGGAGAGGGGCUUCGUACGGGAAAUUAUCCAACAAAUUAUCCACCUCCGCCCGCAUUGGCACCACUGGAGAGUGGGACAUAUGGUUACUUAUUACGGUAGUAGCUUCAGAUGUCGGUGUGUAUUGUAUCUUCGUUUUUCAGAAAGUAUUAAAAAAAGAAGAAAAAAUAGUAAAGGGGGAGGCCCCCCUUGGAUGUGCCAUUGCUUAGAAGCACAGUGACCCGUUCAACCUGAUGAGAAGAAAAAUCUCAGAAAAUAAUUGGCAUUCAUUUUCACUCGUGAGUGCAGCAGCAAAUGGAAAUAUGGAUUAUUUUUGCACACUUCUUUAGAAGAUCUUUCAGAGUAAAGUUUGGAAAUCACAAGUUUCAGUUGUCUAACACAACAAAGUUGGUCUCCUAAGUUAGCUGGAGCCAAUCAAAUAGAAAUUGGAUGCUAAACCUGCAAGUUAUUGUUUUUGAGUAUGUUUUUAGUGACUUUUUACUCAUUCAGGUAAGGAAUGGUCACAGUUGCCUGCUUUUUAACAUUGCCACACAUUUAUGAUAUGAACAGCAGUAAAAAUGUAACUGUCACUUGUUGCUGUAACAUUCUCGCUUGUAUGUCAGUGGCUGCCAUCUGCUUGUAACAAGUGUAUAGUUCAGUUUUUACCAAUAAUAUAUAACAUACCUCAUUGCUUAUUGACGGAUCUGCCUGUAAUGGCCGCUCAUUUCUUCUUGCAGUGGAUUUCUUGUAAUUGUUUCGCGGUAUUUCCUUUUAGUGUUGUGUAAAUGUAAUCAAGUAUUGUUGUUGUUGCAAUUGCAUAUAUAGUUAUCUAAUACAUGUGUGUACAAAUUGGUGUAUUUAAUCUAUAUUUCGAUGCAUUUUCAAAAGACAAGAUCGUUCUUAUCUUGGCAGAAUCGCCGGGUUUGGUUUAUAAUUAUUUUCCACUUUGGCAAUUUAAGGAAACAGUGGAACCGACAGCCUAGUACCACUUCUUUUUGAAACCGUAAUUUCUCAGCAGCUUAAUAAAAUUGUGUUUGUUACACGGUGCUGGAAAAUAAAUGAUUCGUUGCAAUGAAAUCGUACUUUA